AUGAGGGAGAAGGUGGAGAAGUAUGUGCUCAAGGCCACCAAGGCUCUCAGGCCCCAAGUCCUACCAUCUGCAUUCCAGCAGCUGAACGCCGAGACGAAGGAGGUCAUGGAGAGGACCGCUGAGCACGUGGCGAACAAAGGGUAUUUCAACGCGAUCAUAGCGGUGGUGCUUUGUGUCAACACCGUGGUCAUUGGUAUCGAAACCGACUAUUCCCGCGGCAGAGCACUGGAGGACCGCCUGCCCUUCUUCGUCCUAGAAACCUUGUUCACCGCCAUCUUCAUCGCUGAGGUGCUCGUGAGGAUGCACCAUCUUGGCUGGGAGUAUGCCAUAGACCCCUGGAAUAUCUUUGACUACUCGCUGGUGGUCUUUAGCUGGACUGACAUGCUGGUCUCCGUCACGGAGGUCGAGUCUGGUGGUCUGCGACUAGCCGCGUCGCUGCGACUCUUUCGGCUCCUGCGGGUCGUGCGGAGCAUUCGGGGCGUUAAGCUCCUCUCAGGCCUCUGGCUGGUCAUUCAGGGCCUCUUAGAUUCCUACAAGACGGUCCUGUGGAUAGCCUUCGCUAUGGCGAUCUUUAUCUUCUGCUUUGGGGCGGCACUCUGCGUUCUGGGUGGUCAAGACCGGUUCGCCUUUGAGUACUGGUACUUGGGGCACAUGUACCUCGGCUCAGUGCUGCGCGCCAUGUUCACCAGUCUACAGGUUGCGACCUUCGACGACUGGGCAGACAGCAUCGCACGUCCACUCUUUCAGGUGGCGCCCACAGCGGGUCCGGUUCUCUUCCUGCUCAUCUUCGUCGUCAGCUUCGGCACCCUCAACAUCUUGGUGGCGGUGAUGGUCGAGCGGAUAUCGGUCAUCACCGCAGACAACCGACUGCGUGCUGAACAGUCCCGGAAGCACAUGGAAGCCAUUCUUCUGGAGUCCGUGGUGGAAGAGCUCCAUGCCAACGACCGCGACGGAAGUGGGGACUUGUCACUUAAGGAGUUCAAGAAGAUGAUCAGGAUACCAUCGCUGAUCAAGAAGCUAGGCCUUCUGGGCAUCGGCAUCGAGGAAGCGGAGAGUCUCUUCGAAAUCAUGGAUGUGAAUCACAGCGGCUGCGUCACGCCAGAGGAGUUCAUCGCGGGCCUGCAGAAGGUUAAGGGCGCGGCCAAAGGACAGGACAUGGUCCAACUGAUCUGCUACGCCCAGAGACAGGUGGUCCGCGCCACUCAGUUCGUCAACCGCAUUCGGUUCUUGAACGUCCAGGUCGAUGGUGUGCAGGAGCGACUGAACGUCGCAGGCAAAGCACUUCAGGUGGAGGGCCUGGAGCAGAUCCAGACUGCCUCCCGCAACGAUGUGGUCUGGGGCGAAGCUGCUCAACGACAGCUGGUGCUGCAUCAUCUUGAUGUAACCCGGCAGAACACAUAUCCGGUGGUGGACGAGCUGGAGAGGGACAACUAG